AUGGUCCGCACAAUCAAGCUCAACGACGGCAAGUCCAUCCCAGCCCUCGCAUGGGGGAACGGGACUGGCGGGAUCGAGCAUUCCGGUCAGAAGGCCAUCGACACCGGAGUGGUCGCCUUGAAGGCUGGUAUACUGCACAUCGACACUGCUCAGAUCUACGGCACGGAAAAGGAGGCCGGUCAAGCCAUCCCCGCUGCUGGGUUGGACAGGAAAGACAUCUGGGUGACUACAAAGCUCUCCGAGGCCUCCCAUGUCAAGACCAAUCACGCCGACAUCAAGCGGUCCGUCCAGGAGUCAAUUGACAAGAUAGGCUUCGUCCCGGACAUGAUCCUGAUUCAUACUCCUUUUGUUCCCGAGAAUGGGAAGCUGGUCGAGUUCUGGCAGGGAUUGGAAGCCCUCGUAGAGGACGGCACACUGAAAGGAUGCUCUAUAGGAGUCAGCAACUACCGUCCACAGGAUAUUGAGGAGCUCAUGAAGGUCGCCAAGCUCACUCCAGCUGUCAAUCAAAUGGAGUACCACCCAUAUGUUUUGAACCACCUUGACCCCCUCCUCGCCCUGCAGAAAGAGCACAAUAUCGUCACUCAGGCUUAUGGCCCUCUUACUCCCGUCAUCCGUCACCCGACCGGUGGCCCCUUGAAGCCUGUCCUGGAGAAGAUUGCAAAGCGCAUCAGCAAAGAUACCGGCAAGGAGGUUGACUCGGCGGUUGUACUCUUGCAGUGGACGAUCCAGAUGGGCGUUGUGGCGGUCACCACUUCUGGAAACCCCGGCAACGUCCGCAAGAUGGCCCAGGGGGAGACGUUUGGGAAGGAGGGGGACCUGACCAAGGCGGAGAUGGAUGAGAUCGAAGAAGCGGGACGGAAGGUACACUUCAGAGGCUACAAGGAACACAUGACCAAGGAGUUCCCCGAGCCGGAUUUACCUCAGGAUCUCUAG